AUGUCAGUCCUGGAUCUAGCCCAAAGACAGCAUGGAUGGCUACCUAUAUCAGCAAUGAAUAAGGUUGCUGAGAUUCUAGACAUACCUCCCAUGAGAGUUUAUGAAGUAGCAACCUUUUAUACAAUGUAUAAUCGUAAACCCGUUGGGAAAUACCAUAUUCAGAUCUGCACCACUACGCCUUGCAUGCUGUGUGACUCGGAUAGCAUAUUAGAAGCCAUUCAGAAGAAGCUUGGUAUAAAAGUUGGAGAAACAACACCUGAUAAACUCUUCACUCUGAUUGAAGUGGAAUGUUUGGGGGCUUGCGUAAAUGCACCAAUGGUACAAAUAAAUGAUAACUAUUAUGAAGAUCUGACAACAAAAGACAUAGAAGACAUAAUUGAUGAACUAAAAGCUGGAAAAGUUCCAAAACCUGGACCAAGGAGUGGGCGCUUCUCUUGUGAGCCAGCUGGUGGUCUCACUUCUCUGACAGAACCACCCAAGGGACCUGGUUUUGGAGUUCGGCCAGACCUUUAA